AUGGCCGCGGACGACUCGUACACGGCAGCUGACGAGCGCGCCCGUGCCGCCCGGAGGGCGGGCAUCCAGGCGAAGAAGGACGAACAGCCGGCGAACACGACGCGGAGUUACGCGGCGAAGCAGCGGGAGUGGAAGGCGCGUCCCCCGGCCGGCCUGGUGCCAUACGCCCGGGCUGCAGCAGACGGCUCGCUCUAUAGCUGGCCCGACGGCGAGCUCGUAACGCCGGACAAGCUGGCGGCGUGGCUCAAAGAGGAUAUCCUGUUACGACGCGUUGUGCCGCCGCAGAAGAAGCCGCGCGCGGGACCGCGGAAGCGACGGGAUCCAGGCCGGCUACCUCCCGAUGAAUGGCUUCGGAUCCAGGAUCUCCUUCUCACUGGCGCCGCGUAUACGCCGCAAAACCUCCGUACGCGAGUCGACCUCCUCUUCGGCCACUACUACCUCUUACGGGGGGAGAACCGGCGCAAGAUGGAGCUUGCAGACCUAUCCCUACUCGACUAUCCGCCUUCGGAGGCCCGACCCCUGUGGUUGCCUGGCCCUAGCACAGCUCUUCUUUGGCGCUGGCACGUCGCCGGCGAACCCCGUCCUUCCGGCGCCGUCAGGACUGGUAUCGGAUCAAGGUCCUCGUCGGGCGGGACCGCGAGCAGGAGCUCGUACCCGACACAGCUACAAGAGACCUGGCGUAUCUUCGGCGCUGCCGGCCUUAUCGCGUCGAAGAAGACGCACCUCCCGCGCAGGGUGGGCGCCCAGGACGCGGAGACCCAUGGCACGUCGCUCGCCCAGAUCUCGCAGGCCGGCCGCUGGAACCAGAGCGUGCUCUGCCAGGCAUAUCUUACGCACCUACCGCGGCAGUUCAUGCGUAUCGUCGCCGGCUUCUCGGCCUCCCGGGGACUACUCGCGCGUGCGGCUCACGAACCCCAAGGCGGUCUCGACGACGACGACCCAGCCGCUGACGGCUUCCUUGCUUAUGCGGCGCCUGCGUAUAGUACUUCUGCAGGACCUGGCCGUCCCACAGCUCCGCUACCCGUCGCUAGCGUUCUUCGCCUACGCCCCUUUGGCGGGCCCGAGUGGGACGAGUUCGCCGUCGCCGUGCGGUCCACCGCGGUAGGGGCUAUGGAGCCGAAUAGUCAGCGGCUCGCCAUCCGGCUUGAGGCCCGGCUGGACGGGAUUCAGGGCGGCCUCGAUGCCCUCCUCCAAGGCAAGGUCCCUAUCACCUUUACCGGCUACUUCGGAGCCGGAGUGCAGUUCUGUCGCCGGAAGGUGAUCUGGGACGAGCUGUUGGCCCGUAUGGCGUCCGGCAAAUGCAAGGAGGCGGCCGUUGCAGAGCUAGAGCUGUUACGCGCCGGCCGAAGCUUGAACCGACUCGUCGACGAGCUCAAACAGCGCCGACGGCGGGGCCAGGAUCGGGGCCAGGGCCAGGGCCAGAUACGGGUACAGGUAGGGACCCCGUGCCCGAUGACCCAGGUCCAGGCCGGGACCAGGUCCAACUCGAGGUCAGGGCCGUCGGGGGCGGAGGACCCGGCUGGGAAAGCGGACCGCCCCUCGUCGACGUAA